AUGGACGUGGAGAGAAUCGUAGACAAAAGGAAAAACAAAAAGGGCAAAUGGGAAUAUCUUAUCAGGUGGAAAGGCUAUGGAAGCAAUGAAGACACCUGGGAACCUGAGCAUCACCUAUUGCAUUGCGAGGAAUUUAUUGAUGAGUUCAAUGGACUGCACGUGACUAGGGAAAAGCGAUCAAAACAUGGGAAACAGGCCAGCACACCAAAAUUUUUACGAGAAAGCCGAGGAUCAUCUGUUGAGAAAAUACCGCACAGACCUUCUGAAUCUGGGAAGUCUAAAGGCUCAGCACAUAAAAGAAAGAGGAUUAACCCAUCUCUUCAAAAACAGAAAAGAGGUUAUACAGCAAAGCCAGCAUCGGCUGGCGACAGGGCUGCUAAAACUGUGACUUACCGAACUACCCCCAGUGGUUUACAGAUCAUGCCAUUGAAAAAGCCUCAUAGUGGCCUGCAGAAUGGAGAUGCUGGUCACGAGAAGGACUCUAGACAUUUUGGGAAUGGCUCACAACAGCAAAACUUGGAUUUAAAUGACCACGAAGGAGAACACGAUUUGCCGGGCGUGUUGGAAGUUAAUAACGAUUCGCCUGUUGUGAAUGGAAUCGGUACCUCUCUGACCAAUGGAGGCCUGAACCUGCACAGCACUGUGAAAAGGAAACUGGAUGGGGAGAAAGAUUACGUAUUUGAUAAGAGGCUAAGGUACAGCGUGCGUCAAAAUGAAAGUAACUGUCGAUUCAGGGACAUUGUGGUCCGGAAGGAAGAUGGUUUCACGCACAUUCUGCUGUCUAGCCAGACAUCAGAUAACAAUGCACUGACCCCAGAG